CCCGAAAAUCUUGUUGGCAAUCCGAUGAAAGCAUUGGAGAACUUCUUUGUCGUUUUUGUUCAACGCUAUUGCAACGAGACAGACUCCGGCUUGCCUCCCUUCUGUCUUCAGAAUUUUAGUGAGGCCUUUGCACAGACUCUUGGCAUUCAAAGGCCCAGCGAGCGCAAGCCCAUGCUGAUCUACCUGCAUCAUGACCGCAGUAUCGCCUCGAAUAUAUUUUGUUCCAAGGUCCUCUGCUCGAAUGUGAUGUCCACGUUCUUAGAGGGGAACAACCUUCAAAUUUGGCCAUGGGAUGUCACCUCUGAGGCGGGAAGAGGAGCUUUCCUCAGUUUCCUCGAACCCAGACUGAGCCACCUGGCGUCAGAAAUUGUACACUUGGAUGGCCUUGAAAGCUACCCCCUGCUGAUCAUGAUCUGUAAAGUGGCUGGCGCUUAUGAAGUUGCUGCUAUCAUUACGGGCCACGGUUAUCUCCACACGCCUCUCUCUUCGGCUUUCGCUGAUGCUUCCCAUGGCAUUGGUGACAGUGAUGACACUGAUAGCUUCCCCCCUCUAAUGGAUGCUUCUAACUUUGGGGCCUCUUCUUCCUCCUCUUCGUUGUUGUUGGCAAGAGGCAGGAGGAACAAAGGCGGCUUGAAUGCCGAAACUAUUGUAUCUCAACUCGAUGAGAAACUGCGAUUCUACUCUCACCUUUUGGCCCCUGAAAUUCUGGCUGAUAGUGAAAGAUUGGCUCGAGAAAACAUGCGUGAAGAACAGGAUCGAGCGUACAAGGAAUCCCUACGACAGGACCGGUUGAAGAAAGAAGCAAAAGAAAGGGAAUUAGCGGAAUUGGCAGCGAAAGAAGCGGAGGCGCAGAGAAUAGCCGAGGAGAGUGAAAGAGUUGCUUUGGAGAGACAAAAACGAGCUGCUGAGACCCUUCCGAAAGAGCCAAGCCAAGGAACACCUGGAAUAGCCACGCUCAGAUUCCGUCUUCCUCAAGCCUACCCACAGCCCCCUGCUUUAGAUCGUAUCCCCGAGGAAUCGAGGCCACAAAUUACAAAUGGUUUUAUUGUCCGUCGUUUUAAUGGAUCAGAUACACUGAGAGAUUUAAAAAAUUUUAUGGAAUAUUUGGGAUACGGUGUGCUGAAUUUCAAACUCCUCAGAACCUAUCCUCGAGUUGAUUUGACUGCGAGUGACGAAUCUGAUGACAAGAGUAUGGCAGAUUUGAAACUGGUUCCUCAAGAGACGCUGAAUUUAGAAAAGCGAUAG